AUGGAAUUGUGUAAAAACAAGCAUAUCAGGUACAUUGAGUCGCUGGAUAAGAGGCAUGAAGACUAUGAGUAUUGGUUGUCUGAGCAUUUGCGGUUGAAUGGUGUGUAUUGGGGGCUGACGGCGUUGUGCAUCUUAGAUGCUAAGGACACUUUUAAUAGAACUGAAAUUAUCAAAUUUGUAGACAGUUGCUGGGAUGAUAGAUAUGGUGGAUUUGCGCCAUUUCCCAGGCAUGACUCCCAUCUUUUAACUACUCUCUCAGGGAUUCAGAUUUUGGCUACAUACGAUGCAAUAGAUGAUGUCUUGAAGGGUGAUCGAAUGGAUAGAUGUGUCCAGUUCAUUGUUGGUAAUCAACUAGAUGAUGGGUCAUUUCAAGGUGAUAGGUUUGGAGAGGUGGACACUAGAUUUGUAUAUACUGCUUUGAGUUCCUUAUCUAUUUUGAACAAGUUAACUAAUGAAAUCGUUGAUCCAGCCAUAAGAUUCAUAUUAAGGUGUUACAAUUUUGAUGGUGGAUUUGGUCUCUGUCCAGGAGCUGAAAGUCACGCCGCCCAAGUUUUCACUUGUCUAGGUGCAUUGAAGAUUGUCAACAAAUUGGAUAUGCUGAGUGAGGAACAAAUUGAAGAAACCGCUAUGUGGCUAUGUGAAAGACAGUUACCUGAAGGUGGUUUGAAUGGUAGGCCAAGUAAACUUCCUGAUGUGUGCUAUAGUUGGUGGGUAUUGUCAUCUUUAGCCAUUAUUGGCAAAUUAGACUGGAUAAAUUUCGAAAAAUUGAGAGAAUUUAUUAUAUCGAGUCAAGAUGUAGUAAAUGGUGGAAUUAGUGAUAGGCCAGACAAUGAAGUGGACGUUUUUCAUACUAUAUUUGGUCUUGCUGGUUUGAGUCUCAUGGGAUAUGACAACCUUGUACCAAUUGAUCCCGUUUAUUGCAUGCCCUGUUCUGUGACUGAAAAUUUUGUGAAGUACAUAUAA